AAAAUGUGCAAAACCUCUGGUAAUUUAUCGGUUAACCAGUAAUAGAUUUUUUUGUUACCAAAUUACCAAAUAAAUUAAAAAGUUGAAAAUGAAGGUGCUGGGUUUAAUAUUUCAUUUUAUUUGUUUUAUUUCAGUGAGUUACGGAUUCUAUUUUUUUGAUUUGUUUACAUCAGUGGAUGUAAAUAAAGUAAAUGGAGUAACCUUAGUUGCUGGACCAGAAAAUGGAACUUUAGCCAGUUUAUUUAACGAAAAAACAGAAUCUAUUAAACUUUCUAGUAGUGUUUCAAAUGAAUUUGCAUACAUUUUGCACACUGUUUCUACAUCUAAUGAUAUAACAUUUGCUACUCAAUUUAAAAUAACUGUUACUCCUGAUCCUGAAAAUAGAGAUGGUCAGCAGUUCAUGUCAAUUUUUACUUUAUUACAAACUAAUCUAGAAAAUAUUUGGUUUACAAUUGGAUUUAAGUUUGUUCAAACCAAGAAACAAGUUGAGAAUGUUGUGAUUCAAGGUGAGAAAAAGCAGUAUGUUUACAUAGGAAGAUGGAAAGAUAAAGGUAAAGAUAAAGUAGUUACAGAAGUGGAGGUUGUUAAACCACAUUCAAUUAAAACAAAUGUAUGGCAAACAUUAAUGGUUCGUAUCCGCAAUAAUCAAGUCACAGUUAGUAUUGACUGUAAAGAAGUUGCAACUCAAAAAAUGGACGCAUUAACAGAGACUUACAUAUUGAAAGGUUUUUUAACAUUAACUCAAAUAACUGAAAUAGUUGGUUUUGGAAAUGAAGAAGUGACUCAAAGAUUCUUAGGAGCAUUAUACAAUCCGCAAAUAUACAAUGGUAAUGAUGCUUAUGAAUACUAUAAUCCAUGCACUUCAGAUAGUUCACCAUCAUUUGUUCCAUCAGAGCCACGACCACAAGACUAUAACCCUGCUAAGUUUAAUCGUUUUGCCAAAAUGGUUGCUAGUGCUGAUGCACCUGUAGUGAUCAUAUGCAAAGAUGGUGAAACAAAUAGACUUAGUGGUGAAACAUGGAAAAAACCAGAUGACAGUUGCUACCAAUUGAAAUGCAGUAAUGGAGUUAUAAUAUCCACUUACGUCUGUCCAAUUUGCAAGCUUCAGACAAAAAGUUACUUAAGUGGAGAAAAAUUUAUUUCUCCUGAUGAUAAAUGUAUAUUGCAAACUUGCCAGGAUGGUGAUAUGGUGGCUGAAAAAAUUACUUGUAAUCCACUUAGCUGUGAUAAAUUUGGUAGUUUUACAGACCCAAAAGAAUGUUGUUCAAAGUGUUACAGUGACUCUUGUAGUAACGGUACAAGUUAUUAUGAAGGUUGCGAACGAAAAUGUGGUAUUGCAAGUAACUUUCAGUGUACAGUGAAGUCUCCUGGCUGCUGGUGUCCUGAAGGAAAAGCUCUUAAUGACUUUAAUGAAUGUGUUCCAUUAAGUGAUUGUAACUGUAGAUCUGGAUCAAAAAUAUAUUUACCUGGUCAAGCUGUGGUCCGCAGUUCUUGUCAAACUUGUAUAUGUGCAAAUGGCGUUAUGAGAUGUUCUUCAAGGUGUGUUUCGUAAAUUGAAAGUUUUUUUCAUUAACGCACAAAACAAAAA